AAUCUUCUCCGUCGUCAAAAACCAAAGCUUUUUGCUUUUUUCUUGAUGGGUUUCAUCUCUUGCAUUUCAUAUCCGACGACCAAUUCAAGAAUUCUAUCGACCCAUCAUUUCUCCAAGCAAUCGACUUCAGUAUCUUCUUCAUUUUCACUUAAGUUUGCUUUGAGACGUCAGGAGGAUAAACCCAAAGUCUCCUUCUUUCUUCCAUCAACGUCUUAUAAAAUGGCGACUCCUAUUCAAGCCUCUUCUUCCUCCACCAUUGGUGAGACCAGUGAUGGCUUGAAGGUCCAGUCUCAUGUUUCAAUUGGGGCAAACGAUUUGCUGAUUGUUGGACCGGGUGUUCUUGGACGCUUAGUUGCAGAACAAUGGAGACAGGAACAUCCAGAGUGUCAAAUCUUUGGGCAGACAGUAACAGCAAAUCAUCAUGAUGAGUUGGAGAAGUUGGGCAUCAAACCAUCUCUUAAAGGAACCGAAUAUGGGGGCAAGUUCUCCUAUGUGAUCUUUUGUGCUCCUCCAUCACAAAGCGCUGAUUAUGCUGGUGAAGUCAGGAAUGCAGCAUCAAACUGGAACGGCGAAGGAUCAUUCUUAUUCACAUCUAGUUCUGCACCUUAUGAUUGUUUUGAUAACGGAGAAUGCAAUGAGGAUUCUCCAGUGGUGCCACUGGGAAAGAGUCCAAGAACUGAUGUGCUUUUAAAGGCUGAAAAAGUGGUGUUGGAAUGGUUUGUUUUGGUCUCUAGCAGUUUGAGCAUUAUGUUUCUCCUGAACUUUGUAUACACAGAGACUAGAGGUGCACAUACAUACUGGUUGAGUAAGGGUACAGUAGAUGCUCGUCCUGAUCAUAUCCUGAAUCUCAUACACUAUGAGGAUGCAGCGUCGCUGGCAGUUGCAAUCAUGAAAAAGAAACCCGGUGGUCGGAUUUUCUUGGGCUGUGACAACCAUCCAUUGUCAAGGCAAGAGGUGGUGGACCUGAUGGAUCAAAGUGGAAAAUAUGAUAAAAAGUUUGAAGGUUUCACGAGCACCAGUGGUCCUUUAGGGAAGAAACUGAACAACUCUAAGACACGAGCUGAAAUAGGAUGGGAGCCAAAGUAUCCAAGUUUUGCUCAAUUUCUUGGAGUAUCAAUGUAAUAUCUUCAAUUGGAUCGAAAUGAUUAAGAAGUACGCGAAGAUAAGAGACCAAGGAAGCUAGAGACUGCCUCUAGCACUGAAGAAUCCAGUAAUGUGAAGCAUUUUUUUUUAUGUUUGGUACAAACUUAUAUGUAUCCUCUUGAGUGAUCAAACAGCUUAAAUGUUCAGAAUUCUUCAUAAAGCUCCAUGGUUCAUAAAUCAUAUUGAUUUUA